CAAAUGUAUUUUUAUUCAAAAAAAUAUUUUUAUAUUUUUCCCAUCACUAAUAAAUAACACUGAAUCGAGGUCCCCGAAAUUCGCUCCUUGAAAAAUACACAAGAACUGGCGUAAUGCAACGAGGCAUCGACUCCUUCUUCAAGCGGCUGCCCGCGAAGCCGAAACAGGCGGAAGACAAAAACGGGGAGACGCCGUCGAAGGCGCCAAAACGCAGAAAGGCCUUAAUCAUAUCCAGCGACGAGGAAGAGGGUGCCGCCAGUCCGCCGGAGACCAAGAAACGCAAGGCCUCCAGCCAGGACGUUGUGGUGUCGACCACACCGGAACCGGAUGCAAAGAAGUCCAGGAACGGGCAGAAACCGGCGCCCUCGAAGCUGAAAAGGCACGUGGAUCCUUCAGAGCUCUUCGGGGGCGAAACCAAGCGGGUGGUGGUGCCCAAACCGAAGACCAAGGCGGUUCUCGAAUUCGAAAAUGAAGACAUAGACAGGAGUUUAAUGAAAGUCGAUCUGGAGGAGAGUGUAAAGGAGGAGAAGGUUUCACCACCUCGCAGGAGCUCUCCGUCCCCUAAAAGUGCCAAGAAAAUCAGUCCGGAACCGGCCAAACCCAAGCCCCCCAAAUCCAAAGCCACCACUCCGCGUGUGAAGAAGGAGAAGCCGGCAGCAGAUCUGGAAUCCAGCGUCAUAACCGACGAAGAGCGUCACGAACGGAAGCGCAUGACCGCCGUGCUCUAUCAGAAGUACAAGAACCGCAGUGCCUGCCUUAAUCCUGGAAGCAAAGAAAUCCCCAAGGGCGCCAAAGAUUGCCUCAGCGGAUUGACCUUUGUAGUCACCGGUGUCCUGGAGUCGAUGGAGCGCGAGGAGGCAGAGGCUGUGAUCAAAGAGUACGGCGGAAGGGUGAUGACCGUGGUGGGUAAGAAACUUAAGUACCUUGUCGUAGGUGAAGAGGCGGGACCAAAGAAACUAGCUGUGGCUGAAGAACUGAAUAUACCCAUUUUGAGCGAGGAUGGCCUGUUCGACCUAAUCAGGGAGAAAUCCGGGCUUUCUAAACAGAUUAAGGAGGAGAAGAAGAGCCCCAAAACGGAGCAUAGCUUCAAGGAAAAGGAGGUCAAGGCUUCUAGCAAGUCCAAAGUUAAGGAGGAAAAAAAAGACACAAAAUCAAAAAGUAGUGACAAGCAUGAUGCCCCAAAACAUAAAAUCAAGGAAGAACACACUCACUCCAGGGUAAAGAAGGAAGAACAUGAUGAUGUGCCAGCUGUGACCCUGAAAGUAAAGAAGGAGCCUAGCUCGCAGGAACAGAAGGCUCUGGUGGCAAGGGCAGCCGAACCGAAGGUCCAGGAUGUGGUCGGCAUGGCCUGGGUGGACAAACACAAGCCCAUGAACAUCAAGGAAAUCGUUGGCCAGGCAGGAGCCGCCAGCAACGUGACAAAGCUGAUGAACUGGUUGUCCAAGUGGUAUGUGAACCAUGACGGAAAUAAGAAGCCCCAACGACCCAAUCCUUGGGCCAAAAACGACGAUGGAAGCUUUUACAAGGCGGCCUUGCUAUCAGGACCCCCUGGAAUCGGAAAGACCACUACCGCGACUCUGGUGGUGAAAGAAUUGGGCUUCGAUGCUGUGGAGUUCAACGCCUCCGACACCCGGAGCAAGCGCUUGCUUAAAGACGAAGUAUCCACCCUUCUGAGUAACAAGUCCCUCUCCGGCUACUUUAGCGGCCAAGGGCAGGCGGUCUCCCGCAAGCACGUGCUCAUUAUGGACGAGGUGGAUGGCAUGGCCGGAAACGAGGAUCGCGGUGGGAUGCAGGAGCUGAUUGCCUUGAUUAAGGAUAGCUCCAUCCCGAUCAUUUGCAUGUGUAAUGAUCGCAACCACCCGAAAAUUCGAUCGCUGGUCAACUAUUGCUACGAUCUGCGUUUUCAGAGGCCGCGUCUCGAGCAGAUCAAGGGAAAAAUCAUGAGCAUCUGCUUUAAGGAGAAGGUGAAGAUAUCGCCAGCAAAAGUGGAGGAGAUCAUAGCAGCCACCAACAACGACAUUCGGCAAUCGAUCAACCACAUUGCCCUGCUAAGCGCCAAGGAAGAUACUUCCGCCAAAUCAGGGCAUCAAGUGGCUAGCAAGGAUCUAAAGUUAGGACCCUGGGAAGUGGUUCGGAAAGUCUUUACGGCAGAUGAGCACAAGCAAAUGUCCCUGGCCGACAAGAGCGACCUAUUUUUCCACGACUACAGUCUGGCACCGCUCUUUGUACAGCAAAACUACCUCCAGGUCACACCACAGGGAAACAAAAAGGAUGUUUUAGCGAAGGUUGCGGCCACGGCAGAUGCUCUCAGCUUGGGCGACCUUAUCGACAAGCGCAUUCGUGCGAACUCGGCCUGGAGUCUGCUACCCACUCAAGCCUUUUUCAGCUCCGUGUUGCCCGGCGAGCAUAUGUGCGGCCACUUUACUGGACAGAUAAACUUUCCCGGGUGGCUAGGCAAGAAUUCAAAAUCUGGGAAACGGGCCAGACUUGCCCAGGAACUACACGAUCAUACUAGAGUCUGCACCUCUGGAUCAAGGCUAUCCGUGAGGCUGGAUUAUGCCCCGUAUCUGCUGGGUAACAUUGCUCGACCGCUCGCAAAAGAUGGACAGGAGGGUGUCUCUGCAGCACUUGAGGUAAUGAAGGAUUACCACCUGCUCCGCGAGGAUCUAGACUCGCUGGUCGAGCUUACUUCCUGGCCGGGAAAAAAGUCACCCUUGGAUGCAGUGGAUGGGAGAGUGAAGGCAGCCCUAACUCGAUCCUACAACAAGGAAGUUUUGGCAUAUUCCUAUUCCGCUCAAGCUGGUAUCAAAAAAAAGAAAGCGGAGGCUAGUGGAGGUGACGAGGAUUACUUGGACAUUGGUCCAGAAGAGGAAGACGGAGCUGGAGGUCAUGUUUCUUCAGAAGACGACGAAGAUAAAGACAACCUUGAACUAGAUGGCUUGAUCAAAGCCAAAAAGAAGACCAGUACUUCCAAAUCUGCUGGUGGUGCCAAAAAAGCAGCAUCUUCCGCGGCAUCAAAACCAAAGGCCAAGGCAAAGAAGUAAAGGGAUAUAUGAUUUUUUAAAUUGCUCCAUUUAUUUUUUUGUAAUAUUCUCACUAAUGGUCGGCGCAGGCGGUCCGUUGUUUAUACUGUUGAAAAUAUCCAAUAUGUAUCAAUAAAAAUCUUAAUUUUCAA